GAGGGGAGACCGACACUGAGGCUCAGCUAGGAGCCGUAGAUCCGAUCUGCUGGGGCGGACCACCCUGUCUCCUCUCUGAGACCUUCUCCUUCCUCGCCCGGACCCGGAGGAUCCACGUCCAGGGAUGUCAAAGCGAGUCCGAAGCCGGGAGGUCUGCGCUGAUUGCAGCUCUCCGGAGCCACGCUGGGCCUCGGUCAACAGAGGUGUGUUGAUCUGCGAUGAGUGCUGCAGCAUCCAUCGAGGUCUGGGGCGACACAGCUCCCAGGUCCGACACCUCAACCACUCUCCCUGGCCACCGUCCCAGUUACAGAUGGUGCAGACGCUGUACGGCAAUGGAGCUAAUUCCAUAUGGGAGCAUAGCCUCCUGGACCCUUCCUCCUCAGUGAGUGGGAAGCGUAAAGCAAAUCCCCAGGACAGAGUUCAUCCCAACAAGACAGAGUUCAUCAAGGCCAAAUAUCAAAUGCUGGCGUAUGUCCAUAAAAUGCCUUGUCGGGAGGAUGAUAGUGUUACCGCAAAGGACCUCAGCAAGCAACUUCACUCCAGUGUUCGGACUGGAAACCUAGAAACCUGCCUUAGGCUCUUAUCUUUGGGAGCACAGGCCAACUUCUUCCAUCCAGAGAAAGGAAACACCCCACUACACAUAGCAGCAAAAGCAGGUCAGGUGUUGCAAGCAGAGCUGUUGGCAGUUUAUGGAGCUGAUCCCGGAGCUCUGGACUCCAGCGGAAAGACCCCCAUUGAUUAUGCAAGACAAGCUGGGCACCAGGAGCUGGCAGAGCGGCUUGUGGAAAUCCAGUAUGAACUCACUGACCGGUUAGCAUUUUACCUUUGUGGUAGAAGACCGGAUCACAGAAAUGGGCAACACUUCAUCAUUCCUCAGAUGGCUGACAGCAGUCUGGAUUUGUCGGAGUUUGCUAAAGCUGCAAAGAAGAAGCUGCAGUCGCUAAGUAACCAUCAGUUUGAAGAACUUGCCAUGGAUGUUUAUGAUGAAGUCGACAGGAGGGAAACAGAUGCCGUGUGGUUGGCCACUCAGAACCACAGCACACUCGUAACCGACACCACGGUUGUACCUUUUCUGCCGGUCAACCCAGAGUACUCAUCUACCAGAAACCAGGGUCGCCAAAAGUUGGCAAGGUUCAGUGCUCAUGAAUUUGCCACCCUGGUGAUCGAUAUCCUAACUGAUGCUAAACGGCGGCAGUGGGGUAAUUCCUGUGACAGUCCCAAAGAGAGUGUGGAGCUGAUCCUUCAGGGAAUAGACAGUCGCCACAACAGUGAUAGCCAGGACAAUGAUCAGCCUGAUUACGACAGUGUUGCAUCAGACGAAGAUCCAGUACACGAGGCCACUUGUGGGGACAGCUGCAACGAUGGAAGGACCAAGAGCUCGGAGUCGUCGGACCUCUCUGAUGGACCAAUCACAGUGCAGGAGUUCAUGGAGGUGAAGAGCGCCCUCACUGCGUCAGAAGCCAAAAUACAGCAGCUUCUCAAAGUCAACUGUCACCUCAGUGAAGAGCUGCGGUCCAUGCACAGCAAGUUGAGCACCCUGCAGACUGAAAACACAACCCUGCGAUGGCAGACCCCCAGCGGACAGCAAAGCGCCCAGGGGCCCCUCGGUCGACACCCACCCCGCGGGGGUCGCGCCAUGUCGAUGUAUGAGACCGGAUCUAAUCCCAAGCACUUCUCCCACCGAGCCGAAACAGCCAGGCACGAGGAUGGAGUCGUUUUACAACCUUUCCCAACCAAUAUUGGGAGGGGUCCUUUGGGGACGGCUGCGUCCUCCCUCCCUACCUUCCCCUCCUCCCUGUCCUGGUCGAGGGACGAGAGAUCUCGAAGGGGCUGUAGUUUAGAGGGACGGAGCACCAUGCUGGAGAGUGACAAAGACACGACACCCAACCACUCUGAACUGGAGGAGAUUGGAAGCCCUCCUUCAGCCUCUGAUACGAUGGAGUCCGAGGCGGAGGGUGAGGAAGACGCCACCCUGCCGUGCACAGAGGACGUCAUCUGUAAGACCGAGCAGAUCACCAAGAACAUACAGGAGCUUCUCAGGGCUGCUCAGGAGACUAAACAUGAAAGCUUCCUGCCGUGCUCUGAGAAGAUCUGCGUGGCCGUGAAGGAGAUGGCCGCCCUGUUUCCCAAGAGGCCGUCCUCUGAGACCGUGCGGGGGUCUCUGUGUCUGCUCACGUCGAGCGCCAGCCGGCUGCACGGAGAGUGCCACAAGGCCGCCGACCACAGCCCGGGCCCGUCCGACAUCCAGCUGGUCACUCAGCAGGUCAUCCAGUGCGCCUAUGACAUUGCCAAAGCCGCCAAGCAACUUGUCACCGUGACAACCAAAGAAAAUAACAACUAACUAAAAAACCCAAAGACCUUUCUAAUGCGCCUGAAAUACAGUUUGUCAAUGAUUUUGCUCAUUUCAGCUUAAUCACCUUUUCUGUUUUCCAAUAUGAAUUAAUCAGUGGGAUCAUUUCAAUACAUACCUUCAGAUGGGGAAAGUCUGUACAUUUACAAAUCAAAAUCACAGCUCAUUCAACAGCUUUAUAACCUUGAUUGUUGUUGUAUUGUACAGGAAACAAAUAUUACAAAACCGGUUAUAUUCUUAACCUCACCUCAUUAGUGUGAUCCACACCAUUUCCAAACGUGCAAUGAGUGUUUAUGUCUAUAUACAACACUCAGCAAAACAAGCAGUUGAGCUACAUUGUACUAAAGUAAACACCAGAGGUCAUCAGUUGUGCUCCUUGGGUCGUGUUUCUACUUUACAAUUUACUUUAACCAUUUCAGUUUUUUUUAUUUCUUAAGACGCAACAAAAGUGUUUAAUUCUUGAAUAUUGAUGCCACUCUUUUAGAUGUGAGUUUGUGUAUUGGGCAAACAUAUUGUCGGUGCAUUGAGCAGCAUGUGAGUCCGGAGUGUGUGAACUUCAAUUCCAUCCAGUCCCUUUCGCUGUGGUUGAAGGUGUGUAAGUAAAGUUUUUUGGAGUUCUAAUGUUACAGCUAUAUUUCUGGUGUUUGUGUGAUUGGUGUGUGCGUGCGUGUGUGUGUGUCACAGGGACGGCCCGGGGGAAAUCCAUUUUGAAUCAAUUUGAAUAGCAUUAUGCAAAUAUAUAAGAUGUAUGUAUCCAAUGUAAUUCUCUAUCAAAAUAACCCAAAUGCUAUUAUAUUUAUAAAAGUGUAUGUCAUACCUCUAAGAAAAUAUCAAUGUUUAUUUUCAUAAGCUUUUGUUUAACAUGUCGCUCACGUGUGUCCUGAGGUCUGGGACGUCUCAGCCAGCCGUUGGUUACAAGACGACUUGUGAUCUCUUAGUUUUCUUCGGUGUGGUGCUGUAACCGCCAUGUCUUACAAUCAGUGAUGACGUACAUGUGCCCUCUGAGUAUAGAGUCUGUCACUCGUUGUUGUGCAGCCGGGUGCGUUUGAGCGAGGGGUGGAAAGACGACUAGAAUACCGUACACGAGAGGAGCUACCUGUGUUUGAAUGUAUCUGUCAAAUAUCUCUUUCAAAAAGAUGAACACAUCGGUUACUAAUGUGGUCAAAGAGCCAGUGUUGCAUCCUGACUAUAACCACUGAAAUAUAAAAAUGUAUUCAGCAGCCACAUCCGUUUCUCUCAAAUUCAGUGAACAACUUUUUAGAACUCUGAAGGCUGGAGGAGCUAUUUGUACGUUUCGUUAUUGCGAAAGCCAAACCACUGUUUACUCAGCAGGUUUAACCACGAGCUUCAGCCAACAUACACAUUACAUGAGAUUAAUCCCUACUGAGACAAUAAGGGUUAAUAUUUGCUUUAGGCUUCACACGAGUAAAAGAUUAAGAGGUGAUGCUGAAUUUGCGGCGUUUCUUUCAAAUGGCUCCUUAUAUAAUGUUUGUUAAUUACAAAAGUAUUAAGUGAUUCUUCUCUCAUGAGCUUUCAGCUGCAGCUCACAGUCUGAGUUAGUUUAGUUAUGAAUUAUUUUUCCAAAUAUCUCCAGUAUUUGUUCGCGUGUACAUCUGCAUGUACAACUCCGGAUGAUACCGUGCCACGAUGACUGGGAAUCCCAACAGAUGUAUUUUUUUGUACGUUUUGAAAAAAGAUAUUUAUUUUGUUCCUGUUCUGCUUUUUUUUCUUGUAUGUCAUGUGAUGAGAGAUGUGUUUUAUCAUUAAGCACAAGUCAUAUUCACUUUUCUUUCUUUUUUUUGUGAUGCAACCAGUGUUAUUUUCUUUUUAAUAAACUUUAAAACGUCAAAGGAGAAUUUAAAAGCAAGAUCAUGUGACGUUUGAUGGAACUGUGGCCAUAACUAACAGGAUGAAAUGUGAAGCUGAUGUAAAUGUAGAUUAAGAGUAGUGUCCUUUUAAAGCCAAUUCAAUGAUGAUCAAUCCAUUGCUUGUGAAUUCAAAAUGUCAUUUGUAAGAGGAGGAAUGUUUUACUUUCAGUUUUGCAUCUGGUUUUCACUUUGACUUAUUAAUCAGAACAAACAAAAAACUAACUGGGUCUUGACAACAUUGACUCUACUUUACAAUAACUAAACAAACUGGUUAUUUUUUAGAAGGUAGAUGACUUGUGUAGUGUUCAGUAUUCGGUUGCUCUCCACUCCUGGUUCCAGCCCUGACAGUGAACUCCCUGUAGUCUGCCCCUGUGGUGGAAAACACUCCCUACCUUAGCUCUAAUAAAGUAUAACUCGUA